CACCAACAUCACCAACUGAUUCAUCAUUCACUCUCUUUCAUCACAGUCAUUAUUAUUCCUCGUUCUGCGCCACACAGACAGUUUCCUCGUCUCGCACAAUUUUAUCUACUGCAAUUAUUUACCAACCAUUUUUUAUAAAACUGGGUCAUUAUAAAGUGUUAGGCCCCUCGUGCGAAUUAGAUGAGGUGGUGAUUCUGGAAAAAAUUGAGGAGGAGUAAAACAAUCUCCUGAAUCUCGUGAUUCCAAAUGUCCGAAAGAGGAUACUUGGAAGGUGUGCCUUUACGACUAAAUUCAAAAUUCUACCCUCUACCUCGUCCACAAUUUAAGGAAAUUGAUAUUCAUAUCCCAGUUGACGCACUGCAGGAUGAGUAUGAUUUCUCACUAGAGAGAGGAACACUGAUGCAGGUGAAAACAUGGGAAGAAGAAUACAGGUUAGAGCAACAGAGAAGAGCAUUAAGAGCAAAACAGGAGGAAGAAGCAAGACUGCAGGCAGAGGAGGAAAGGAAACGAUUGGAAGAAGAAGAACGUAUUCGUCGUGCUGAGGAAGACCGAAUCCGUCGUAUUGAGGAAGAGAAAGCUCGUCUUAUUGAAGAAGAGAGAUCUCGUCUUGCAGAGGAAGAAUUAGCACAUCUUGCAGAAUUAGAAAGGGUUCGUCUUGCGGAAGAAACCAGAGUUCGACUUGCCGAAGAAGAAAGGACUCGUGUUCUAGAGUUAGAAAGGAUCCGCCUUGCCGAUGAAGAAAGAGCACAUAUUGCAGAAUUAGAAAAUGUGCGUAUUGAAGAAGAAACAAGAGUCAGACUAGCAGAAGAAGCAAGAGUGAGUCUUUCGAAAGUAGGUAAAGUUGGCCCCCUAGAGGAUAGUGGAAGGGUUAGACUUGCGGAACAAGAUAAAUUCCCAGGUCCAACUCCUCCUGCUCCUGCUCCUCCUGUUCCACAACCACCACCGACCAAUUGUUAUCCAAUCAGUCAACCCCCUUUGAAUGCAUACCCUCAGCAGCAGCAGCAGCCGCCGCCGCCACUUCCAUCUCAAUGGAACCCAAACUAUUAUGUUCCUGUGUCACCGUCCGCACCCGACAUCAUCAGCGGUCGGACCGAUAAUAGUACCGUCACUCCUACCACGACAUGUCAGACCAACGCUCCAUUAAGUUCUGGAAACUCAUUUAAAAAAUACUAUUUUCCACUGUUAACAAGUAUGGCCGACUCGAGAUCAAUGCGAGAUCAGCAGAACCAAUUUUCGUCUAAUUUAAAUAUAACCUACAAUUCAAUACAUUCGAGUACGAAUCAUCAAGUUUCAAGCUCAAAUCCCCAUCCCUAUUUAUGCGCAAACCCUCCACCUGCCGUGGCUACCGUUCAGCAACAACAGUUCCCAAUCCUAGGAUCUUUAUCUCAUCCACCAGCAUCAAAUCACUUAUGGCCUGGCGGAACUGGAAUACGAUCUCCAAUGUGUUAUAACAACUCGGUUAAUAAUUCUGCUGUUUUAAACGGACCAUUAGUACCACACGAUUCUGUUCUCAAACCUAACGGCAGUCACUUGUCUUCACCUGAUAAUUUGUCUGGUACUUCCCCGAACGGAACCCAUCACACACUUCGAUAAUGAAGAUCAUUGAAGAAUAAGAUGAAUUUCAUCAGUGUUAUUGUUUAGUCACUAGUUUUUCCUGUGCUGUAUCGUGGUUGCAUGUCGUACUUGCUGUUUAUAAAUAUUGCUUCAAUAUAUCGUUUAUCGCAUAUUUUUAAUGAAUCGUAUAUGGGGAGCAUAAAAUAAACAAGAAAACUGUUUCCAACAAA